AUGUUCCUUGCUAAAGCUUUGCUGAGCGGAGGAAGUGGUAGUGGUCGUGGAGGGACCCUUGCACGUGGCCUUGGAGGUCUCCUAACAGGAGGUGGACAUGGAGGGAAUCUUGGCGGACUUGUUGGAGGUCUUGUCAAUCUUAUAAGUGAAGCAGCAGCUCAGUACAAUCCGGAGCCACCUCCACCUCCUCACAAUCAUUUUAUGAAUGUGGAAGCUUAUGAGAGUGAGGAGAUCAGACAGUUUCGUCGCCUUUUUGUCCAGCUGGCGGGAGAUGAUAUGGAAGUGUGUGCCACAGAGCUAAGGGACAUCCUGAACAAAGUUGUUUCCAGACAUCAAGACUUGAAGACAGAUGGCUUCAGCUUAGACACAUGCCGUAGCAUGGUAGCUGUCAUGGACAGUGAUACAAAUGGCAAACUGGGCUUUGAAGAGUUUAAGUACCUGUGGAACAACAUCAAGAAAUGGCAAUGUGUGUACAAGCAGUAUGAUACUGAUCAGUCAGGCACUGUUGGGAGGGCUCAGCUGCCCAAUGCCUUGAAGGCUGCAGGGUUCCACCUGAACGAACAACUCUGCCAGUUAAUCGUGCGCAGGUAUGCCGAUGAGGACGGUACCAUGGAUUUCAACAACUUCAUUAGCUGCUUGGUACGACUGGACAGCAUGUUCCGGGCCUUCAAGUCCCUGGACCAAGAUGGAGAUGGACAGAUCAAAGUGAACACUGAAGACUGGCUGCAGCUGACCAUGUAUUCAUGA